CGCCGCAGCCGCUGGCCUGGCCUCAGCCGCGCAGACACCGCCCGCGACGCAGCCGUCCGCCGCUCCUCUGCCGCCUGGCUCCGCGCCUUGGUCCGGCUCUGCCGCAGCAGCCGCGAGGAGGGGCCACCGGAGCGCAACUCAGGAGCCGCGAGUCAUCGCCCGGCCGCCGGAUCCGCCGCCAGGCCUCCUCCGGGGGCGCCCACGCUCUCGCCGCCGGGACCCUCCGCCAAGCCAGCAGCCACCUGCUCCGGGCCUGAGGCCAGGACACGAUGCGCUCCGUGCUGGUGCUCUUGGGGUUGCUCCUGCUGCUGUCGCCGUCGUUCUUCCUGGAUGCUACCAACAACACCAAAGCCAUCACCACAGCCAGCAGCACAGUCUCAGCCGUGCUGAACACCUUUUCAACAACAAGCAUUCAAAUGAUGUCUCUCAACCCAACCUCAAUCACAACCAGUGGAUCUUCACUUCAGAGUUCAAUGGAGGCCAAGGGCAGCAUGCCCACAUCAUCUAGCGCCUCAGGGGCGACGUCAGCCCAGCAAAACACAAAUCCAGCAGCCAGUACCAAAACUGAAAAACCAACCUCAGGCAGCUCUCCUACAGUUGGCUCAGAGGAAUUGAGAUCCACAGCACUCACCGUCUCGACCAAGCCUGAAAUCACAAGCGGUCAGAGUGAAAUUACUAAAGUUACAGCCAGCGUGGUCUCUACGGAAGGACAUCAGGCAACCACUUCACCUAUAAAUCUGAGUAAUACCUCAAAGACCAGUCCUGCUUCUACUCCUGUUCCCGCCCUAGCAAGCAUUUCCCAGCCUGGCACGGUCCCUGGGACUCUGGUCCCUGGGACCCCUCCUGUUCCUGUGACUUUGGUCCCCAUGACUCCAAAGCCCCCAGGGAGCUCCUCCCAGGGAUCAAACAAAAAUAUUACAACCUCAAGUGUCGGCACACCAGCCACCUUCACAACUCAGGAGAUGCUGAUUACAAUAACGCCACCGGUUACCUCACGAGGAACCCAGCGUACCCCCAGCGAGCCGCCGGUGCUCCCUGACACCCCUACGGCUCCUCAGCCCACAGGCUCUGCCUCAGAACCCAGGACCGCACCUCCCGCCCGGGGCCCCACGCGUUCCAGCCCUCGGCUGGUGUCGUCAGCCUCUCCCACCGCCAGCCUCCCUCCUCCCGCCUCAGCAAGCGGGGUAGAGAUACAGUGCGGUGCUCCUGAAAGGCUGAGUGAGGAGACGUUCGUCCUGAACUUCUCCAAAGCCGACCUCUGUAAGUCGAGCCCCGUGGGAGCGAAGCUGUAUACGCUUCUGUGCCAGGCGGCAAAAGCCACCUUCAACCCAUCUCAAGAUCAGUGCAAUAUUCAGCUGGCACCUGUUCCGGAAAUCCAGUCAGUGGCCGUCAAAUCCAUCACCAUCCACACAAAGCUCUGUCCCAAGGACACGUUCGAGUUGCUGAAGAACAAGUGGGCUGACCUAAAAGAGGUGGGAGUCACAAACAUGCAGUUGGGGGACCAAGGGCCACCAGAGGAGACGGAGGACCGGUUCAGCAUGCCCCUCAUCAUCACCAUUGUCUGCAUGGCAUCCUUCUUGCUCCUGGUUGCGGCCCUCUACGGCUGCUGCCACCAGCGCCUCUCCCAGAGGAAGGACCAGCAACGGCUAACAGAAGAGCUACAGACAGUGGAGAACGGUUACCAUGACAACCCAACACUGGAAGUGAUGGAGACCUCAUCAGAGAUGCAGGAGAAGAAGGUGGCCAACCUCAAUGGGGAGCUGGGGGACAGCUGGAUCGUCCCUCUGGACAACCUGACCAAGGAUGACCUGGAGGAGGAGGAAGACACACACCUCUAAUCAGGUCUGCCGGCGGCCUCCGCCAGCGCACAGGGCUCCAGCCGAACCACCUCAAGUGCCGUUUGGACAAGGGAGGAAAAUCCUUCCCCUUGGAGGGAAAGACUGGGGAGGGAGGGCGGGCGGACUCGCAGGCCUUCCCAUCCCCAUAGGCCUUAAUUUUUCCCUUUUCAAGCUGAACAAUUCACCUUCUGUGUAGAACCUUCUUGUAAAAUAACCCACUAGUGCCUGAGUUCAGUGCCGCUGGGAGGUCAGGCAAGAGCCGUAUGAGGGACUUUGGAGACCCCCUGGUAGAAUUCCUUCAUUUCACAGACAGGCGACCGAGGCCCAAAGAGGGUAAAGUCGAGGUCACCCAGCCCCUGGGUGACAGUGUCAGGAUGAGAACAGAGCUUCCUCCCUUCAGCCUGGUGCCCGUUCCCAGCACACUGCGCUGCUGUGGUGACCCAACGCCCACCCUCCAGAGCUGAUGGGCUGGAGGGGAGAGCAGGGCAGGCUCGUCUCGGUGGCAUCUGAUUACUUCAAAGCCUAGGCCCCGUCGUCUGUCUCCUGUCAGCGCCCGCCAGUGUGUCCCGUCGUCUGUCUCCUGUCACCCACCGCCAGUGUGCCGUCCUCUUUGUUGUCCCCGCUCCCUUGACUCAGUUUUUAUUCCCACGCCGUCCCAGGGCCCCUGGCAGUAACACAGGUCAUUCGUGACCUUGCUGUCCUUGCUCUGGAGUCUCAUUUCCUGGCAUUUCUUCAGAGAUUGGGACCAAAUGCACACAGGACUCAGUGUGGACAAGUGUGCCCAGGCACCCACCUACAGGGGGACCCCUUCCUCCCAGGAUGGGUCCCCUGGCCACCCCCCGAGGCACUCCUUGAGGCCGCCCCUUCCCACCGGGCACCAAAAGCAGCAGCAGCUACCGAAGGCAAGGUGUUCCUAUUUUGUUGUCACUGCUUGGCCCCUGCGAUGGGGUGGGGGCUCCAGCUCAGGCAGCCUCUGAGAUCCAGCAGCUUAAGGACAGAGCUUCGUGGGGCCCCGGCAGCUGAGAUGUAUCUGAAAUAGACAAUCGAUUGAAACAGCAGGAAGGACAGGCUUUACUUACUCUCUGUUUCUUUGGAAACUUAGGGGCUUGGCAAGCUGCUGAGAGUUUUGUUUUCUUUUUUCGUUGGUCUUUGAAUCUGGCUCUCCACCUCCCAAGGCCAAAGCUCAAAUCACUGGGACCCUUUCAGUUAGAUUCCAGGCUUCUGUGCACAGGCAAGAAAGGCCUAGAACACCAGGUGCCCUUCAAGGUGCACGAGGGGCAGCCCCAGCCCGGCCUUCUGUUCCCGGCCACCUCUCUCUGUCCGGGAGCAGAGCUGGGCCUGGCUGGGUCCCCUUCUCUGUGUUCCUAGCAAGGCUGGCUGCCAGUGCUCCCGCAGGUUCUGGGGGCAUCUCAGGGAAACGGAAUGCCGACUGCUGCCCAGGGGAGGGGCUUGAGGAAGCGCAGUGGGCUGAGGACUGGGCAGAGGGAGGCUUCCUUGGGUUUUUUUGAGAAGAGGGUCCUGCAUUGAAUUCUGUUUUGCCCAUGCUCUCUAUUGUCCCUGGGGAUAAAGUCCCUGCAGCCAACCAGGAAGAUAGGCACAACUGCUUAGGAGAAUGAAAGUGGUCCCUUCAGGGCAAAGAAGCUGGACCCCCUGUACGUAGAGGCAGGGCCAGGCUGCAGCAGUUCCGAUAAAAUAGGCUAUCUGCUUUAAGAUAGGUUCUUUUUUUCUUUUUUUUUGGCCACACCCUUGGCAUGUGGAAGUUCCUGGGUCAGGGAUCGAACCCGUGCCACAGCAGUGACAACACCAGAUCCUUAACCCACUGAGCCACCUGGAAACUCCAGGUUAUUUUUCUUAAAGGGGAGGAUGUGAGCCUUCCUUGGUUGCUUGAUCCCCUCUUCAUAGCCUUUAGCCACUGGAUACCCAGGGGAAGAGGAAGGCCAGAGGUUCAAGCAGGUCCCCCAGUGAGCUUCCCAAGAGCUAGAAAGAUACUAAGCUAUCCAGGAUCCUCAAGUGUGUGUCCUGAUUCUCUAGUAUUUGGAGGUUGGCAGGCUGGAGAUGAAUACCAGUUUGGGGUAAAAGAGGAAAUAUUGUUUCAGUGGGAAAAGAUCUAUUUGGUUCUUUCUACCGGGGCGGGGGUGGGGGGAGGUUUCUAUCAUGGCCACUGGGAGAGGCCAGACUGGAUUAGUACAGCAAGUAUGUCUCCGCAAAUCAAGCAAAGGCUGCAAGCGCCAGGUCUACGGAGACAGAGACGAUGACUGCAAAGACUAGAGAGUAAAAAUGAUGCUUGGUCAGGAGGAAUGACCGUGGCACUGUCCAGGGAGAACCCCGAAGAGCUUUGGGUGGUUCGAAGGUCUCUUCCUUUGGUGCAUCUGGACUGUACUGCUCUAGCGUUUUGGCGCAACUUGCCUUGGCUCACUCUUGCUGCUAGACACCCGUGUCAAAGGCCAUACCGCCGUGUAACUGUAAAGGGCAUCUACUCCCACCGCCAUUGCUGGCUUCUAAUGCUAUCUGGUAAUUCAGAUUCUGGGGCGGAGAGGAGAGAAGAAGAACGCCACCGGGAACUCAGCAUGACUUGCAAACAAAGUUGUGCCAGAGAGAGAUUAUAAGCUUGAUUUCAGUGGCAGACUUGUUUUCCUAAACUGCAUAAAAGGCCAGAGACCAUGAAUCUGAUGACCAGACAAAAAUCUAGUGCAGCAUGCUGUCGCGUGGGAGGGAAGAGAGGCAGCAAUGCUUAUGAAGGGGGUAGAGAAAAUUCUUUGCAUCAUAAGACAGAAUACGGGUUUAAUCUAGUCUAGACACAAGAUGAUUCUUCCUCCUCUUGAUAAGGAAAGUGAGCAGAAAGUAUAUUUAAACCACUUCUUGAGCUUUAUCUUUUUGACCCUAUAGUAGAGAAACUUGGAAAAACAGGUUCAAGCUGAUACAUAUAUACGUAUUUUUUGAUAAUGUAAAUACAACAGCCACAUGUUAAUCCACCCUGCACUGCUUUGAGUGAAUAUACUUUGUAAAAACCUUUGUUAGCUAAGCGAGAUAGCUUUUUUCCCCCCUAAACAGGAAUGCUAAUGUCUAUUUUACCAGAAGUAAUAAGUCUGUUUUUCUUUAAGUGAAAAAUGAAAUAUAAGACAGACUGAUGACAAAGUCUUUGUCUUGUAGGUUGGGCAUUUUUAUUUUUAAAUACGAUCCUCACCCCCUCCCCAGUGAAGUCCCAGCAUAGUACGGGAAGGUUGGCGUCAAAAUGCUCUGCUUUGAACCCGGGCCCGGCUUUUUUUUUUUUUUUUUUUUUUUAAAAAUGAAACAGAUAAAGAGCCUGAUGCCCAGAAAGAUAAAGUGACUUGGCCAAAAUCACAUGUUUAGUGACAGAAACAGGAUUAAAACCUGGGUUGGAAGACUGUCCAGUGCUGUGUGCCUCAGAAUCAACAAAUGAAGGACUGCUAAUGAAGGGCAGGCACCAGAAUGACACAAAGGACAGAAUUCCCUUCCCAAACGUCCUGUAGCAAAGCCCGGGAGAGCAUGAAGACAAAGUAGGAAGCUUAGUGAUCUGCUGUACAUCUUCUGAGCUGUUUAGGUCUAAGAACAAUUCUUUUCUGCCAAGAAAUAGUUUUGAAUGAGCUUUCACAUAAAGAGCUUCUACCAGUAGGACUAAGGAUCAAAGGGAACCAGACCAGGGGGAGGGAGAGGGGGCGAGAGUAAAGGCGUGGUGUGUUUCAACCUUGUCAUUAGCUGAUUCACUCGGGUUUAGUGAAAACCCAACACUGAGUGAAAGGAGGGGAUUACAGUUUGCUGUGGGUCUUUUUUUAACUUGGUGAAUGUUAAACAGUUUGCCCGGCAGACAGGGGGAGCGUGUGUCUUAGUGGACAGGGGUCUAAAGUACACUGGAAUUUACUGAGAAACUUGUUUGUAAAAACUAUUCUUAAUUAUUGCCAUUUUCUUAUAAAAGUAUAUUUUGGGAAAUUGUAUACCGUCAAUUAAAGUGCUUUCGUGUAAGCGGGUUCAAGCCCUAGUAGUUUGCUUGCUUGGCUUCCAUUCUUCACUUGAGCACGAGUCUUAUCACUGAAGCCCCUGAGGACAUGGGACACCCAAGCAGCCACCUCUGCUCGUAGUCACGCCCACUUAACUACAUGCAGGUCCAGAGAGUGAGAGAAUAGGACCGAAGCUUCAGGGGGCCACCCUGAAGGGGAUGGCAGGUCUCCCUGGCGAUCCCAGCCGAAAGGGCCUCGAUUUCCCUCAUAGCACUGUUGUACCCCCUUCCUCCCCCCUCUACUUCUGCCGCAGAUAAGAGAGUGACAUGCCUGCCACCAGAGAUGCCAGGGGGGCUGUGGAACCCUGACCAGGUCUGAAACCACUGGCAGAAGCAAGGCAAAUAAAACUACAAAAAACAAA